AUGCCACCCGCUAGGCUUACGAGGACGGGGAGCUCUGGGCAGAUUAUUGAUCUGGAUUUUACUCUCCGUCGUCAAUUCAACAAGAAGAGCUUCAGACCCCCUCAACGAGAGAUCAUCGAGGCGACCCUCCAGGGCAAAGAUGUCUACGUUCAGGCGGCGACCUCUUUUGGGAAGAGCUUGUGCUUCCAGCUCCCAGCCGUGAUCGACUCAGGCAUCACCAUCGUCGUAUCGCCGCUUCUCAGCUUGAUGAUGAACCAAGUCGAGGCUCUCAAGAAAGCUGGCAUCAAUGCGAGGACCCUCAACUCCAAUACGCCAUUAUCAGAGCGGGACGCCAUCCACAGCGACCUCGGGACAGGUCACCCCCGGACUCGUCUGCUCUACGUCACUCCUGAGCUCUGCUCGACCGACCGCUUCCGUCAGCGUUUGCAGCUCGUCUACGAACAGCGCGAACUCGCACGCAUCGCUAUCGAUGAGGCGCACUGCAUUUCAGAAUGGGGCCAUGACUUCCGAAAGGACUUCAAGCGCCUCUCCUGGUUCAGGCAGACCUUUCCGGAUGUGCCUAUAAUGUGCCUCACAGCCACGGCCAACGAGCAAAUCCGGAACGAUGUCUUGACUACGAUGGGUCUUGACAGGAGUUCUCCCAGCCUCAAACUUUUUACCAUGACGGCUCAUCGACCUAAUCUCCACCUCGAGGUUAGGUAUACGCAAGAUCAAGACGAUAACCGUCUAUCCAACUUUUUAAGCUGGCUUAACAGAGUCUACGAAAGACGAAGAGCCCCGGAUAGAAAACCCGAGCUCGACGCCGUCGGCGAGAGGGUCGAAAGCGUCCCGGGCAUAAUCUAUACCAUGUCUCGCGAUGAAUGCGAGUCUCUCUCCGCCCAACUCCGGGAAGCCGGGAUCGGAGCUAAGCCAUUCCACGCAAGGCUACCUCCCGACGUAAAAGAGACCACCCUCCGUCGCUGGAUCGCCAACGAAGAAGGCUACGAUAUCAUCGUCGCCACGACAGCCUUCGGCAUGGGCAUCGACAAAGACAAUGUCCGCUUCGUAGUCCACUGGCGGCUCCCAAAAUCCUUCGAAGGCUACUACCAGGAAGUUGGCCGCGCCGGGCGGGAUGGAAAUGCCAGCUUCUGCUUCCUGUACUAUAGCCGAGAGGAUUUAGAGCGGGUCCAGCGCAUGCUCCGGUCCGAUAGCAAGGAUAGUAAUUCGGCAAACUUUGAGGCGCGGAUGAGGAGCCUGCAGGCGCUGGCACUGUACGCUGAGAAUACGUCCGAAUGUCGGCAUGUGCAGAUAUGUAAGUAUUUUGGGGAGUCUACGGUGCCGUAUUGCGAUUUUGCUUGUGAUUGGCAUAAGGAUCCUAAGGGGCUUAGGGUGAGGCUUGAGAAGGGCCUUGCCACUGAGGAAUGGGUGAGUACGCAGGCGGAAUACUUGGGAACGGAAGGGUAUUAUGACGAUUGA